GGCCCGACCCCAUGGAGAACAGACAGACAGCGGAUCAUGUGACAGCAACAAUUUCUUAAACGACAAAAAACACAGAGAGACACACAGAGAGAGAGACAGAGAGAGAGACAGAGAGAGAGAGAGAGAGAGUUUCGUAACAUAGGGAAGUUUUGUGGAGCCAUCGAUCAGUGGAGCGUCUUGUUUUCUGAGGCUGAUGUCAGUGACACAACGGAGAGCUGAGCGUCGCCUGCGUCACUUUUUCUGCGGAGUUGCCUCACUGACUUUCUCACCGAAAGGGAGCCUCUUUUUUUGCCGUUCAGCAAGGCAGCUGUGAAACUAUACCGACUCCCCUACUAGGAAUAGACUGCAUAUUCCUCCAUCUGAGUCAAGAGCCUGCCCUGUGCAGCCAUGCUGAUGUAUGAUUACCCUCUGAAGACAGACAUGUCAUUCUUCUCUUCGUUAAUGAAAACCCCCGAGCCAUACGGAUUCUACCACCUCUACCACCCCACGCACAUGCACGCCUUCACCCAGUCCCACACCACGAGCAACCCCACACACACCCAGCUGGAGCCCGUGGACCUGUCAGUCAGCAAGCGUUCCUCCUCCACCUCUUCUUCCUCCUCCCCUCCCUGCUCCUCCGCCUCCUCCCCGGCUUCCUCGCGCAGCUCCCCGCCGUCCCCCUACAGCUCGGCGAGCCGCGCCUCCCCGCGCUGCUCCCCACCACACUCCCAGCUGCGCUCCUCGCCCUCCCACGCUCUCCCGCCACCAACUCCCUCACUUCCUUACUCCACGAUGAUGGGUCCUCUCAUUGGACCAGUCAUGGUGCCUGUCCUCUACCCCUCGCCUCUCCACCUGCAUCAGCAGAUAAUGUUGAGCCCACCUGUCGCCAGUGACGACGACCAUCAUCGAAGCAGGGAGCACGAGACAGUUCAUUCUACGAAACCCCUGGAGCUGCGAGGUGACGCCCACGAUCUACACAAACCAAUUAAAACAGAGCCACGCCCUGAGCUCACUCAUGACCUCCACAGCAGCCACGAGAUGAAAUCAUCAGUCAUCAGGAUACCGCACGAAUAUGGGUGAGUAACACACCAACACACUCAUACAAAUUUUUGAAAGAAGCACCAAAUGUUUCAUUAGUUUCACUGUCUGGUGCAGCACUUCUCCUUUAACCUUAUAUGGAAGUGGAGGUCAGAAUCUUGUUUUCGACCGGAUCCAUAUCUGUUCCUGUUGUGAAAUUUUUCAAAACUCAGGUGGAGUCCCAAGACGAGGGCUGGGUAUCGUUUGGAAGUUUUUUGAUAGUGGGACUGGUAUGAUUUACUGGUACUGAUAUCGAAGCAACCCCCUCUUUUUGAUACAUCAGUGCAGUGGUCAGGGAAAAAAUGUGAAACCUGAUUCACACAAGAACAGUAACCAAUAAAAAGUGCUUUAAUGCCUGCAGAGAAACCAAUAUUCAGUUGACCAAGAUUUAUUCAGACAGCAAAACAACAUAUAAAGCACAAAACCGACUGAUUGUUGACACGGAUAGAAAAAAAAUCCAGCAAACACACUACAAUCAUUGUAACAGAGAACUGUGCGUCUUUUGUGUCUAAAACUCUGGCAGUUUCAAAGUUGAACUUUUCAUGCAACUUGAAUCCUUAAUCCCUGCAUCUCCAGUUAAAGUCCAGCCGGGGACCUUGGUUGUAUGUUCAUUCCCCAUCUAUCUCCAUUCUUUUCAGUUAUAUUAGUGUCUCAAUUAUGAGUGCGCAAUGGGACAAUUAUAGCACAGAACAUGUUUUUUCAAGCCCAUAAAUUAUAUUUUGUUGCAUGCAAACCACAAAUGUUGUACCACAACUUCAGUAGCAGGUAAUUUCUAAUUGGCUAUUAUUAUUGGUCACUAGGGAAGUGUAUGUGGUCGAAAUGUCUCAUCUUGUGCUCAGUAAUAGACACAAAUAUAAUGGCAUACAUUUCCUGUCAACUCCUUUCUGUCUCCUUUCUAAUAAAUGCAAAAAUGGCCCAAAAAUGAUUAAACAUUUGGUAGAGAAGUUUAGGUUCAAUACCCACCUCCCUCCUUUUAUAGGAUUGAAUGAUCUGUAUUCAUUAAAGUGUUUUAACUGUGCUAAAAAAAACUCUCUGGGAAAGUAUGCAAAGAUGGCAACAGCCUCUCCAAUAGAGAUGUUCUGAUGCUUUUCUAAAGGACCACCCACAUAAAAGUAUAUAAAGAAAAAGAGCAUAAUAUAGUCUCUUUAAUAUAUUACUUACAUUUGGUAAAGAGCACUUUAUCACUUAUUUAGGACUUGAAACUCACAGUUCAGGACUAGGGACUUGUGUGUCUUGACGUGAGACUUGGAAAAACAAUGACCUGGUCCCACCUGUCAGUGGGUGAGCGGAAGUUUACUAAAAACUGCUUAAAAAGACACUUAAGUUUGUAGUUUACAGAUCACACAGAACCAGUAACACAACACCUGCCAUGAAAGAUACAUAAACAUACUAACUGAACAGUGUGUGGGGUUUGACAGAUUCCUUCAUUCCACUGUGGCGUCUUUUAUUCUGUCGUUUCCUAUCUUGUCCAUCAGCCACACCUCUCAUUACAGCCUCUUCCGGCAUCUUUUUAUCAACACACAGGUUCAUAUGAGCUGUCUUGAGUUUGUCAACUCCUCCAUAUUCCUCUUCCUCCUUCCUUCCAAUCUGUCCUUUCUUUCCUCACUCAGCACUUCCUGUAUUUUUUAACGCUCAUUGUCCAGCAUCUCCCACUCCCAUCUUGCCGCCCCCUUUCCGCUCUUCCCUCCCUGUUCCUCCUCACUUCCCAUCGUCAUCUGUUUUGUAAGAGUGGUUCUACUGAGUAACAGCUUUAAAAUGGAAAUAAUUGCAGUGAUACCUCUUGUAGACUGGGAUGUUGUUGUUGUGUGUAAACUACAUAUUGUACAUAUUGAACCUCCCACCCCCACCCCAUCCUCAUCCGCUAUAGUUAUCAGGGUAUCAUGUCAUGACAAGCCGCCGUUGCCGUGGAAAAAAGUGAGCGCGUCUGUAUCACCUUUCCUCUCAGCUCACUCAUUGAAUAUACUGUAUGUGGCCUAUACGGGAAAUAGGUCAAGUUUGCUCCGUGUGUGUAAUAAUAAUGGGGUGUGUGAAGUGUGUGUGUGUGUGUGUGUGUGUGUGUGUGUGUGG